AUGAGUGGGUUCCUGGGCGCCGGGAAUGGCCCAGGUCCAGGAGAGGUCUCGGACCUUAGGUCCCCUGUGGGCACCGGGUUCAGGAAACCUCUCACGGAGGCUCGGUUCCGGCAGCUCUUCGGAGAUGCAGAGGAGGAACCUGACCUACCCGUGGAGCCUGGCUUGUCUGGGUUAUUGAGGCUGUGGAGGCUGCGGGCCCGCGCCUGCUCAGGGUCGGGGGCGUGGCGCCAACUCCUGGCCCGGCUGCCGCCUCUGCGCUGGCUUCCCCGCUACCACUGGCGGGCCUGGUUGCUCGGAGAUGCGGUGGCCGGAGUGACCGUGGGCAUCGUGCAUGUACCCCAAGGCAUGGCUUUUGCUCUCCUGUCUUCUGUGCCCCCUGUGUUCGGACUCUACACUUCUUUCUUCCCUGUCCUCAUCUACACCUUGUUGGGUACUGGGAGACACUUGUCCACGGGAACGUUUGCGGUACUCAGCCUCAUGACUGGCUCAGCCAUUGAGCGUGUGGUGCCUGAACCCCCCGGGGGAAACCUGAGUGAAAUUGAGAAGGAGCAGUUGGACGCACAGCGGGUUGGGGCGGCUGCAGCCUUGGCCUUCGGAAGUGGGGCGCUAAUGAUGGUGAUGUUCACGCUGCGGCUCGGCGUCCUGUCCACUUUCCUGUCUGAGCCUGUGGUCAAGGCGCUGACCAGCGGGGCCGCGCUGCACGUGCUCGUGUCUCAGCUGCCGAGUCUUUUGGGGUUGCCUCUCCCGCGCCAGCUUGGCAGCUUCACGCUCUUCAAGACGCUGGCCGUUGUGCUGACGGCACUGCCCCAAAGCAGUCCGGUUGAAUUGACCAUCUCGGCACUCAGUCUGGCGCUGCUAGUGCCGGUAAAGGAAUUGAACGUGAGAUUCCGAGACAGGCUGCCUACUCCGAUCCCAGGGGAAGUCGUCAUGGUUCUCCUGGCAUCAGUGCUUUGCUACACUUCUUCCCUGGACACAAGAUACAAUGUCCAGAUAGUGGGCACGCUGCCUGGAGGAUUCCCUCAACCUCACCUCCCCAACCUUACUGAGCUGCCCAGGAUUCUGACAGACUCCCUGCCCAUCGCACUGAUGACUUUUGCUGUGUCUGCCUCCCUGGCCUCCAUCUAUGCAGACAAGUAUAGCUACACUAUUGACUCCAAUCAGGAACUCUUGGCACAUGGUGUCUCCAAUCUCAUCUCCUCCCUCUUCUCUUGCUUUCCCAACUCGGCCACCUUGGCCACGACCAGCCUACUAGUGGAUGCUGGUGGGAAUACACAGUUGGCAGGCCUCUUUUCCUGCAUAAUUGUCCUGUCAGUGCUGCUGUGGCUGGGGCCCUUCUUCUAUUACUUGCCCAAGGCUGUCCUGGCAUGCAUCAACAUUUCCAGCAUGCGCCAGAUGUUCUUCCAGAUGCAGGAACUUCCACAACUAUGGCGAAUCAGUCGCAUGGACUUUGCAGUGUGGAUGGUCACGUGGGUAGCUGUAGUGACUCUGAGUGUGGACCUGGGUCUGGCUGUAGGCGUGGUCUUCUCCAUGAUGACUGUGGUCUACCGUACCCAGAGGGUACAGUGCCUGGCCCUUGGACUCGCUGAAGGAACAGAGCUCUACAGGCCACUCAGAGAGAGCCACAAGUUCCUCCAGGUCCCAGGACUCUGCAUCCUGAGCUAUCCCACACCACUUUACUUUGGGACUCGUGGGCAGUUCCGCUGUGUCCUUGAGUGGCACCUAGGACUUGGAGAGAAGGGCAAGGUACAUGACUCAGUCAAGGAGAGUGGCUACUUUGGAAGUGGGAGGCAGGAGACUCCAAAGCCUUCUGAUGCAGUUGCAGAGCCUGUCAGAGUGGUGGUCCUUGACUGCAGUGGGGUCACCUUUGCAGAUGCUGCUGGUGCCAAAGAAGUGGUACAGCUGGCCAGCAGAUGUCGAGAUGCUGGGAUCCAACUUCUCCUGGCUCAGUGUAAUGCCUCAGUGUUGGGGACACUGACCUGGGCAGGACUCCUGGACAUAGUGACCCCAGAACAGCUGUUUGUGAGUGUCCAGGAUGCAGCUGCUCACGCCAUGGAGAGACUGGAGCUCACUGGUCCAAAGGCUUGCACAGUGUGGGUCUGA